AUGACGACUCCCGGCGUCUCUGUUGACCUGUAUUCGUACUGCCUGCUUCUGCAGAGCGAAAUUACUCGCCUCACCGACCGUCUCGACCGUCUUGAGUAUGGUACGCCUGCUCCACCCCCUGCUCCCCCUUCCCCUGGUCCUACAUUCCAUGGUGUCUGGGACGGCAGUCGCUGGGUUCUUCCAACGAUCCCGGCCCCUACCCCUGCCGUCAUUGCUGCGGCCCACACUUCCAUACCACUUGCCGAAACCUUCCCCCCUACUGCGCCCGACACUGUCACGCACUUCUCUUGUACGCUUGUGGUGCCUGACUCGGCUGUCGGGCAUAUCGUGGGUCACGGCGGCAAGGGUCUCCACCAAGCUCACGACACUUCCGGUGCUCAGUUGCGCGCGUACUCUGAUCGCGCUGCGCCUGGCGAGCGCCGGGUCUCUAUCCGGGGAACCGACCAGCAAAUCAGUGAAGCGCUUAUCGCGCUUGGGAAACGGUUCAUGCGCAAGCGUGUCCGUGCGAAGAAGCAACGUCAGCCACCGUCUGCUGAGGGACCUGCCCCCCCUCCUCCUGCCGCGCCUGUGCCUGUACCACGUGCCACGAAGAUGGAUGACGACCGUGCCCCUCUGCACCGCUCGUCCACCGUGAUCCACGCCCGGUCUCAGGUGCCCCGCGCCACCACUGCGGUUCGACCUGCCACUCAUCCGAGGGCCUCGGCCGCUGGUGGGCCAGCUGGGCAUUCGCGACUGUCUUCCCCCCUCUUCCCGUCUUCUCUACCCCGCCAACCUGCCGCCGCCACUACCCCACCUAUGCAGGCCGCGGCACCAUCUCUUCCUACCCCCCAGCCUUACCCUACUCCCUUCGCACCCUCGGUGGUUAUGGCCACUCCGUCGGCGCUGACCAGCGCGUCACCUACCCCGAUCGGCUCUCCUAUGCAGAUCGACGUAGCUCACGCCCGGCCGCGUAACCGGCAGACUGCCCGACGAGGGGGCGUACCUGCGCAGUCAUCGCGCGUCAUAGGCGACAACCUCUAUUUCCCUGGCGAUCCCGAAUAUGAGCCGAGAGCGAUUCCGGCCCAAACUGCGAGUUUUUACCCAAACCGGGCAAACUCGGGCUCUGCGAUGGCCGCCAAGGCCACGCGAUCGCGUCGUGGGGGGUGGCGUAUGAGCGUAGCGGAGCGGCCGGCAGUUCAUCGUCUCAGCCUGGUCGUUCAGCGCUCGGUCGGGACGCCCGGAACCGGUCUUCUCGGUCAAGCCGUGGCCCGUGAGCCAUUUCCAAUGGAUUCCGCUGGUGUGCGAAUCCAGCGCGCGUCAGUGGACACUGGAUCAUGA